AUGCCCGCCGGCGCCGCCGCCGACUCGCUGAAGCCCAGCGCCUUCAUCCCGGUGUGCACGGCCGCCUGCCUCCUGGUCGGCUCCAGCUCCCUGUUCUUCGUCUUCACAUGCCCGUGGUUGGCUGUCGCCGUCAGCCCCGCUGUGCCGCCAUGCUGCGCCAUCCUCUUCCUCUUUGUGCUGGCCAACUUCACCAUGGCAACCUUCAUGGAUGCUGGUGUCCUCCCAAUGGCUAACGAGGACGAGGACAAGGACGACGAGUUCCGCGCUCCGCUGUACAAGAACGUGGACGUGAGGGGCGUCCAGGUGCGGAUGAAGUGGUGCGCCUCCUGCCACUUCUACAGACCUCCACGCUGCUCGCACUGCAGCGUCUGCGACCACUGUGUGGAGGACUUUGAUCAUCACUGUCCCUGGGUGAACAACUGCAUCGGGAGGCGCAACUACCGCUACUUCUUCCUGUUUCUGUUGUCGCUGACAGUUCACAUGAUCUGCAUCUUCACCUUCGGCCUCAUGUACGUCCUGCAACACAUGGAGGAGUUAUGGAAGCUGCACUGCACUGUCACUUUGGUCGUGAUCAGUAUAUCAGGUCUGUUUCUGAUCCCGGUCCUGGGUCUCUCCGGAUUCCACCUGUACCUGGUGUCCAGAGGACGCACCACAAACGAACAAGUAACUGGGAAGUUUCAAGGUGGAGUAAAUCCCUUCACCCGAGGCUGCUGUAACAACCUGGAGUAUAUGGUUUGCAGUCCUAUCUCUCCAAAGUACACAGCACGGCCUCGCAUGAAAACAGUCGUCCACGUUCAGCCUCCGUUCCUGAGGCCGGGGGUCAACAGGCAGAUGCCAGUGAAAGUCAGGGACAACGGGAUACACAGUCUCCAAAAUAAAAAAACCUCAGAAGAAGCUGUCGAGCUGUCCGACAUCCAGCCCCAAGCAUCAGGUCCACCACCGCUGCCCCCGAAACCAGAGCACGGCCUCCUGAAGAGCCAGCUAGCCGCCAUGGACGGACACCACACCAAAACCAUCAUUCCUGUAUCCAUUCCCACAAUCCCACAGCUCCGGCCAGUCCUGGAGGCCAUAUCCAGAGGAUCAUCUCCAAUUCCACCAGAGCAGCUGAUGAAGACAUCAGAGCAGCAGGAGAACAGCAGAAGUCCGGACCUCCGCUCUGCGUCCAGGGAAAGCCCUAGAAUCAGCCACAGGGGGGGCGUGGCUGUCCACACCAGCACCGCCUCCAGCUCGCUGCAGCUCAACUCGCUGACGCUCAACUCCCGCUCUCUCACUCUCAGGCACAGCAGCCGCCAUGGGGGCAAAUCCCAUCUACCUGACGGUUUGGGAUCCAACCCUCCGCUGGGCCUCAUCUCCUCCUCCAGCCUGCUGUCCGGCCACAGCAGCAGCAGCAACAGCAGCCUGUCCUAUGACAAUGUCAUCAGCCCUGCGGACCCUCAGUUCCUGGCUCAGAGAGCGGCUCCUCCAGUCGGCUACCACGCUCACUUCAUGACCCUGGGCGCAGACGGGACUGUGGUGCAGCGGCACUCUCCCCACGCCUACAGCCCCGUGUUUAUGGGCGUCAACAGACAGUCUCCUCAGCCCCGAGACCCCUCACCUUCUCUGCAGGGUCUCGCCUCACGGGACGCCUCGCCCUCCUUCCAGGGUUUCAUACAGAGAGACCCCUCCCCUGGUUUUCAAGGGCUGAUGCCAAGAGACCUUGCCUCCCAAAAAGUAUCAUCCCUCCGUGACCUCGGCCCACAGGGCAUGACACCUCAGAAGUCGGCUGCGCGCUACGACAGCUUCUCAAAAAGCAUGAUGGCGUCUAUCCACGAGAGGCGAGAGAUGGAUGAGAGAGACAGGAUGCUGCGCCUCCAAGCCAGAUCUCAGGCGCUCUACGGCCAGGACAUGGGGGUCUAUGACAUCCCCAGCAGGCGGAGUCUGCCACCAGAAAACAUCCGAGCUCCAGGCUCCCGGGGGCCGACUCCUCCCGCUUACGGCUCCAGGGAGUUCCUGAUGAGCACGGGCAUUCUUGGCUACGGCAUGAGGACCUCACCCCUCUCCAGCUCCUCCACGUCGUCUCUGACUCGAGGCCCCAAAACCUCCAGCUCUCCUCUGCAGAGCAGCAGCAGCAGCAGCCUGCAGAGCAAAGGCCGGUCGUCCUCUCCGGCCUACUGUCCCCCUGACAGACAGACGCAAGGCCUCCCCUCCUCGACCGCCACCCUGCCCCGUUUACCCUCCUCCUCCGCCACCUCCUCCUACGCCUCGUAUGCCACCGCGAAACGAUCCUCGCUCACGUACUCCUCGGAGGGGAAGGACUCGGUCACCCUGGGAGCCCUGAAAUAAUAAAAGAAACGCGUGAAUGAAUCAUCUAUGCAGUCUCAGUGUUCACAGCUCCAGAAUACUUUGUAAAUAAGAGGCCAAGUGAGACGUUACUGUGUGGGAGGGCGUGUGAGAAGCAAGUGCACGGUGAAGGAUAAACUUAGACUUGUAAGUUUGACCAAAUGUGAAACAUGGUGAAUCUCAGGAUAGUUGUGCCUCCUCUUACAAACAGAGCGAGCUCUAUAAACUCGGCAGCGGCAGAAGAGCUGUGCGGAGAAUACAGAUGAGCCUCAUCUGUUUGUAUGUGUUUUGAUAUCGCUUUUGUGAAAUAAUAUAAUACCGCUUUAUCAAAUUUGUCUCCUCCCCCCCAAAAACCUUAUUUAUUAGACUUUUGUAGUUGUUUAUAUGAAUAAACCUAUUUUGUAAUUUUCA